AUGGCACAAAACCCCCAAUACGUCUACAAGAUCAUCCCCUCGGCUUCAGUCGACAGCCGCUUCUACUUCAACCAGCCGCUUGCAGCAUCGGACACGAUCAUGAUGACCGAGCUCGACCUCAAGGACGGGUUCGUUCACAUGUCCACGGUUCAGCAGGUUCCCGGUGUACUGAAGCGCUUCUUUGACAACGUCCCGUCCGUCGCCAUCCUCCGCAUGGACUAUGGGCGUCUUUCGGCCUUUAAGCGCGUCACUUGGGACCAGACCUCGAGUGGCGAGAGUUACCCCCACCUUCACGCCCAGAUUGAGGGCGAGAAUGUCGACAGCUUCAAGGAGAUUGAGCGCAAUCAGAGCUGGGACGACUCUCUGCAGGCGCUUUCCAACUGGCUUGUUUGA